CCCGGGGCGGAGCUGCACUGUACCGAGCUCGUAAUUUGGACGCUUUGGAUACUCGCUUUCUCCAACACAGUCGUGCUAUCCUGGUCGUGGAGGGGUUGUUGUGUUAGCCUGACCGUAGCCAAAGACGCGAAGAGUUCACCUUUGUGAUUGUUCGCCAUGGGAGCAGAGAGCUCAGUGCAGCGGGACGGGAAGAGCCAGGAGGAUACCUCAGCGUCAGCUUCAGCCUCCGCCGGGGAGCUGGGUGCGGAGGUGAAGGUGCUCCAGGAGGAAAGCAGCGUCCUCGACAGCAAGCCUUUGCAGAAAAAUGGACAGAUCUCCAGCAUGACCAGCCUGAAUGGACACUCGGAGGACAACACCCUGGCAGAAGUUGGCCAGCCUGAUGGUGUGUCUGUGGCUCAGACAGAGGAGGCUCCAGAGACUAUGGGCACCAUCCAGGAUGAAGUGGCUCCUCAAGUGAAUGGCGAGAAAGUGGAGAAAGAGUCUCCCGAUGCCAAUGACAUCUCUGCUGUUGAGGAGAAGGCGGCAGAUGAGAAACCUGACGAUGCCAGUGAAGUGGGCUUCAAGAAGAUCUUCCGCUUUGUGGGCUUUAAGUUCACGCUGAAGAAGGACAAGAGUGAGGAGAAAGACCCUGUGAAGCUGCUGACAGUCAAAGACAAAGAGGGAGAGGAGGUUAGUGGGACUGAUGAACCCACAAAGGAGGAGGAGGCUGUCACUACUGAGGAGAAGAGCACUGCUGAAGAAAAGGAGGCUGAGACAGAGGCACCUACUGUUGAGGCAGAACUCACUGAAGAUACUGACAAAGCUGAAACCACUGACACCCCAGCUGAAGGCACUACUGCUGAGGCUACUGAUGAAGCAGUGAAGGAGGAAGGAGCUGAGGAGGAAGGAGAGACCACUCCACCCUCCCAGGAGACUACCCUGUCCCCCCUCAGAAAGCUCUUCAGUGGAGGACUCUUCUCUAACCUGCGAAAGAAGGCCAGCAUCAAGAAGACAAAAGAAGAGGAGGAGAAGGAGGCAGCUGCUGAGGAGGAGACAGCUAAGACAGAGGAAACUGAUGCUGCAGAGGGUGAAAAGGGGGAGAAGGCUGAGGCAGAGCAAGAAAUAAAGGAGGAGGCACCAGCAACUCCUGAAGAAGAAAAGCCAGAGCCCAAAGAGGAGGCCCCAGUUACUCCAGAGGAAGCAAAAUCGGAGGCAACCGCAGAGCCCGAGGUCACUGCUGAAACCCCUGCUCCUGCAGCAGCUACUACUGAUGAGACCAAACCAGAGGAAGAAAAGGCAGAAGGCGGUGCAGAAGAGGAGAAGGCUCCCGCGGAGGUGACUUCUGAGGCUGAGUUGCUGUCAUCACAGGAGAAGGCAAAGCCCCAGGGAAGCCCCCUGAAGAAGCUCUUUACUGGAGCUGGCUUGAAGAAGCUGUCAACUAAGAAACAGAAGACCAAGAAAGAUACUGAGAGCAAACUGACUGAGUCUGGGGAACAGGUAGCUGAGCAACUUCAGUCCUCCACUGAGUCUGCAGAGUCUCCUAAAGCUGACAGUGGGCCGUCAUCUCCAGAGGAGUCAGGAGAGCACGUUAUUUCUGUGGAGGUGACCCAGAAUGGGGAGACUGAAGGUGAAGUUGCCUCUGAUGGAGAGAAGAAAAAAGAGGGCAUCAUUGCCUGGUCCUCCUUCAAGAAACUAGUAACACCCAAGAAGCUUGUGAAAAGGUCUUCUGAGAGCGAAGAUGAAGCCACAGGUGAGAAACCAGUAAAGUCAGCCACGCUGUCCUCUUCUGAGAGUGCUGCAUUAGCAGAUAAGAGUGUUGAGGAGGAGGCUAAGGAGGAAAAGACAGCCGAGGAAGAGCCAAAGACUGAAAACACUGAGAAACUGGUCAGCAGCACUGAGGAGCCCAAAAAGAAAAUGGACACGUCUGUCUCCUGGGAGGCCCUAAUGUGUAUGGGUGGACCCAAAAAAAGGACAAGGAGGACCUCUGAUUCUGAUGAUGAGGAGACCAAGGUUGAAGAGGAUGCAACAGCAGCAGCAGAAGCAGGAGAAGGGGAACAGGAGGGCAAAACUGAGGCUGCCAUUGUCACUUCCCAAAACACAGAGAGUGAAGGAGAAGUUGUGUCCUCCCCUGAACCUUUAAGCAUUCCCCCCGAGAGAGAGUCUGCCUGGGACACACUGAAACGUUUAGUUAUGUCAAAGAACAAGGCCAAAGUUGAGGAAAAGCCAGAGGAGAGUGCAGAGCAAGUCCAGUCAGACAGUGAAGCACCAAAAGAUGAAUCAUCUUUCUCUUUGAGGAAGUUCUUCCCUGGACGCAGAAAGAAGAAGGCUGAAAAACAAGCCUCCACUGACCUGGGCUCAGGUGAGGAGGACUCCGACACCCCAGCUGUGGUUCCUCUCUCAGAGUAUGACGAGCAACCUGAGGCUGAACUAGAAGUGCUGGCAGAACCAGCUGCAGUCCAGACUAAAGUAUCCACUGAAGAUAGAUCCCCUUCAUGGAUUCCAGCCACUGUCGAAGAUGUCGAUGAUAAACACGAUCAGCUGAGUGACAUCCCAGAAGAAGCAGAGAAUGCUGCCACACCAAAGUCUGUUGACACUGAUAUUGCAGAGGAUGAAAAUGAGGACCAGGCCCCGCCAUCCCCUAAACCUGCAGGUCGCAUGGGCCGUAGGUUGUCCACAGCUGAAGUGAAGCCUGUCGCUCCGGCUCCAGCUGCAGAAACCACCCCUGUUCCUCAAGGACCUAAGUCAGAAAGCGCCACGGAGGUUGUGGGGAGUAUUGAGGCCCAAAUCUGUGAGAUUCCACCCCAGACAUCUGUGACUAUCGAAGAUGCACCGAUACAGGUAGCUUCUGAAAACAUUGAGAGUGAAAUACCAACUGAGAAGGCAGAGUGUGAGGCAAAUACCAUCCUGGAGCCACAUGCUCGUAAUGAGGCCAUGGCUAUCUGCACUGGCCUAGGCACCAAGGAGAUUGCCAAAGUAGCUCUGGAGAAGCCUGUGAUGCCCCUCGCUGAGUGUGUGGCUGUGGUCCGGGAUGCUCUGAGCACAGAGGUGUCAAUGGAAGAGAAGCCACCAAGCACAGAGGAAGCUACUGUUGCAGAAGAUACUGUGUUCAAGGCCCAAGUACACCAAGUAGAAACCACUGAGCUGGAGCCUGCUGUUGACACUUCUCCGAGUAUAGUGGCAGACAUUCAAGCUGCCACUGAGAGCUAUGAACCUGAGAUUGAGAAGAUCGGAGUUGUCAGCACUGUUCUGGACGAGUCUGAGGUUGUUCAGGCCGCCACCGUGAACGAGAACUCUCCUAAAGCAGUAAUAGUCGAUCCCAUUACACCAACAUGUGAAACUGCAAUCUGCACCCAGAGCAUUGAAGUCACUGAGGCAACUGUGGAGACUAAGGAAGUGAAAAUAAACACGGAGCAGCUUUCUGCCAGUGAAGAAAAUACACCUAUAAAAGAGGUAGUUCAGGUUGUGCCUGAAGAGAUAUUUUCUGCUAUAUGUGAAACUACAAAGUCCACCACCACAAAGGAAACCGAGCCAGCCAUCCCUGUCGUCAUACCAAGUGAGGAGGUUCCUGUUAUCAGAGAAACAGUGGUCGUUGUUGCCCCGCUCAGUGUGGGGUCUGAACAUGUGGCAGCUUCAAAUGAGGUGGUCAUGGAAAAGACAUUAAUGUCAGAGUUAGUCUGUGAUAACUCAAUUGAGAUGCAGAAAUCCAGAGAGGAGGGUACAGUUGUAGAAAGUGUGGAGGCCACUGCUUUUCAAGCAGCAGAGUCAGAGAUUAGCGCAGUCAUUGAGCAGGCCAGCAAGAAGAUGGAAGAAAUAGAAGAGGAUGUGCAGCAGGAGAGUCACAUUGAGGCUCAGAGCAUGGUCAUCGCCCAGGCUGUCAUUCAGGAUGCCAUGGAUAAAGUUUCAGAAGAUGCACCUGAACCCAAAAAGCCCGCCAGCCCAACAGCCACCACUUCGGCACUGGUCCAAGCAACAGCAACAAUAGAGAAACAGAUUGAGACCACAACCGAGGCCCCUGUUGUCACUGACACCCCUGUUGCUGUCGUCUGUGAAAAACCAGAACCAAAGUCACCUCAGCCACUUCAUGUUGCCAUGGAGGUCUUGGACACCAUCCCAUUUGAGGUUACAGAGAAUCUUGAUGAGUCUGAAAAGGAGGAGAAGAAACCAGAGGAAGAGUUGAAGCAAGCUGUGGAGGUAAAAGUAGGUGAAGAAACUGCUGUAGGGGAAGAAGUUGUGGAGAUAAAAGCAGAGAGUGAAGAGCUUGAACAGGUCAAGGAGGAACAGAGCAAAGAAGAAACAGAGGUUCAGAAGCCAGAUGUAAAAGAGGCAGCUGAGGAAGUGAAACCACAAUCAGAGGAAACUAAGCCAGAGGCCCUGUCAGAGGAGAGCAAAGAGAAAGUGCUUGAGAUCCACAUGCCAGUCCAGGUGGUCCUGCAGGCAGCACAGGUCGUUGAGGAACCUUCAGUGGAAGAAGAGGCCGUGGAAGAAUUUGACAGCAAUGGUCCCGUGGCUGAAGGCACUAGCAAAAAAGCUAAGAGCCCUGAAAGUGCAAGCAAACUCUCAACACUGUUAGAAGAAUCUCAAGUGACUGCUUCAGGAGAGGUGUCCGCUUCCAGCCCUGUCACAGAAGCAGCAGCCAGCCAGCCAGAGACAGAGAAAAUACAGUCAGGAAAAUGUGCUGAAGUGAUGGCGCAAGUGAUUGAAGUGAUUGAGGAGGCUGUGAAGGAGAUCGAGCCUGUGUCCACAGAGAUCACAGCAGCAUCAUGAGCAACUGAAGAUACAAGACUAAUGCCUGGGAGACACACUGUCUGGACCAGGAAGUGAGUGAUAAUGGAGAGAGAGAGAAAGAGAGAGGGAGAUAGAAAGAGGCUGCUCUGUGGUAACAUGCUGAGACUGGGCCCUGCCCAUCCCAUCCCGCCCAGAGAGACUGAGUGACUGAGCAACAGCUCUGCCAUUCUCUCCACCUCCACUCCCACCUGUACUCCGACCCCAUCAUGCAGCCCUGUCACAACAACGUGACCUCCCCACCGACUUAUCCUCACACACUCGUUACUCUCUCACACACACUCACGCAUGUCCUGUGCCUCAGAAGCAACCCAUCUGGCUUGUAAUUGGUGUGAUGUAUGUUCAGUGUCUCAGUGACUUUCCAUUGCCUUUGCUGCAUAAGGUGAGAGUCUGCAACCUGGUUGAGUGUGUAUCUGUGCAUGUGUGUGUGUGUGCGCGCAUGUGUUUGUAUGUGUAUAGUAGCAAGAGUGAGAUGGUGUCGGAAGGUGAAGAGAUGGAGGAUUAUUAUCUUGUAUAUUGUAUUUAUAUCUUGAGUAUUCUUUCAUUCGCCCCCAAGUCUUUAUUUUUUCAUUUUUUUGUCCCAUUUUGUUGUUUUAUGGACAUCGUUGCCUGUUUUUAAAAUUCCCUUAUUAAGCUGUGAAACAUUAGGUAUUCUUUUGAGCAACAAAGGUUGAUACAGAGAAACCUCUCUAAAGAUUUCUAGUGAAAUUUACCAGAACAAACGUGAAUCUGUUGUGUAAAAGUGCCUCAUGUGUCACAGCUUUAACUGUCAUUAUUCAAAGAUUAUUUCAAGCAUCUGUAAUAAUUAUAUCUAAACCAUGGUACAAGUGUGAUUCCACUGUAAGUGAUUUUACUGACUGAAAUCAAAACAGGAGGGCAGACGUGAUGAUAUCUACCAGAAACGCACACCAUGUUUAACUUUUGACACAUUCUCUUGUCACAAUGUGUUCUUCACUCUGCACCUCAACAAAAUACUUAAUAAGCUUCAUGUAGGUAAGAAACAAAGAAACAAACAAACAAACAGACAAACAAACAAACACUGCCUGAUUUACUGUGAAAAAGACAUUGCUACUCAUAAUUUUGUGUAAUAAUACAAUAAAAUACUGUUAUAACACCCUCAUUUGAUCAUGUGGCAGAGGUAUUUGCUAAGCAGUGAUGUGUAAAGGAUACAAAUGCCAGUUUCUGAUGCUGGAUAUGUCAUACUCUGUAGACACGUGCAUGUAAGAAACACCUACAAAGCAUAUCACGUUCACAGUGUUUUCUGAAUUACUGUGUGACAUAAGUAUCAUUGUUGUGUAGUAGUUUUAUUGAGGUUUAACGCCUUCCUUUCUACACUAUAUUUAUAUUUCUUUAUGAAAAGACAGUAUGUCUUGGUGUUUGCUGCCUACAAAAAAAGUACACCUUAUAGUCUUCAGUCAUUUGUGUCAUUUUGACUUAAACCGUUUGUGUUACCAAGGGUGAUUAAGUAUGAAAACGGUCUUUGUUCAGUUUAGUCUUCUGCUAGAUGUGCACUGUGUCGUGUUCUUCACCAAGCAUGAUAGCUCAGGUUCAUUAAACUGGCACCAGGGAGAAUGUAGACUCACUUGGAUGUGGAUUUAGAGAGGCACAGACUGUAUGGUACCAGAAAUAACAACAAAAGCUCAUUUUACUCUUAAUUUAAAAGCCAAAUCGAGUCAGGAUAAAUCAGGGAGUCACGGUCUUUCCAUUGCUCACAGGACUAGUUGUGUAAGUCGCAUUCAAUUAAAUUGAGAAAGCAUCUACUCAGUGACUUUGACUCACGGCGACUUUGACUGGGCUUAUUUUGCAAGUUUAUUGACAAAGUGCAAGAUAUUUUGCGAUGGAGGUAUAUCUGAAACAUUUUUUGGUUCCAGUAUUACCACCAAAACAAAUGUGACUAUGGGUUACGCUGGUAUUUAUUCAUUUCCCUACCAAAUUUAACAAAGCUGCACUGUGUCAAUCACUCAGAUAUACUUCGAGUUACUGGUAAGUGCUUCUAUAAUCCUUUUAUUUCAAUUUGGUGGCUCACAUUUCACUAAGCUUUAUGACCAAACGAGAGAAAGACCAGGAAGUACAGACCCCUGUUAGGUCACCUACUUCCCUUUACUUUGACUGUAGAGGGUGUGACACAUCCACGACACUUGCUUUAUGUAUAAUAAUUGAGUAAAAAUGACAGAGUGAUCUAAAGACUUUUGCUAUUGUUUCAUAAUGUAAAGCAUUUAGUUGGGGCACUCGCCCACUUUCAGUCCUCCCUGCUUUUUGUAACACACUUAACUGUGAACCUGUUAACAUUUGUACAGAUUGUAUACCUACUGUAUGUACCUAAAAAUCAUAUUGUUGUAAUAUUAACUAAUAACCUGCAGCCAUUUAGCAUAAUAUCCAUGUAGCAUGGUCUUAAUUGUCUUUUAUAUUUUCCAAGCUGUUAAUAGUAAGGAUACAGAAACUUGUCUAUAUUUCAUUCAAUAAAGUUAGAAAAUUGG